GACCAUCACUUCACCGCCCACCCGUAAAGGAAAACUAACACACACGCAUACACGCACAAAUAUACACGGGUCGACGUUUUUCGCAUUUUGUUUAUCUCAGUGAUUAUUAUUAUUACAUUAUAGUAAUGUUUUUUAUUAUGCUUUUACGUUCAAAAUAAGACGACUCCAGGAUUAAGCCUUUUCUCAGUACAUUUAUUUGUCGCAUCAAUUCGAAGCGGUCGAAUACGUAUUGCGUUCAUGCCGCGUUCAACCAAAAAUAUUACUAGCGAAUCUUCUGUAGUCGCUUGAUCGUCAAAAGUAAAAUUCCGAAAUUAAGGAUUACAUAGCUAGACGUCGUCAGCAGUCAGUGACUACCAGUAAAGGAUACAUUCGACUAAAGAUAAAAAAUGGCCGAUCAACAGCAAUACUUCUUAAAAUGGAACGAUUACCAGAGCAAUAUGGUAUCAUCAUUCAAACAUCUUAGGAAUGAAAAAAGCUUUACCGACGUGACGUUAGCGUGCGAGGGUCAAACUUGUAAGGCUCACAAAAUGGUUUUGUCCGCUUGCAGUCCUUACUUUAAGGCAUUACUAGAGGAAAACCCAUCCAAACAUCCAAUUAUAAUAUUGAAAGAUGUACCAUUCAGUCACCUACAAUCGAUACUGGAAUUUAUGUAUGCUGGUGAAGUCAAUAUUAGUCAAGAACAAUUGCCAGCUUUCUUGAAAACAGCUGAUCGUUUGAAAGUCAAAGGUCUAGCUGAAGCACCACAAACUAUUAAAAAAGAUUAGUAUGACACAAAACGAUUUAUAUAUUUUUUAAUUUUUAAUUAGUGUUAAUGAUGAACCAAAAAAAUAAUUUUAAAUUAUUUUUCAGUGAUUUAUUUUUAUUUGUUUUUAAUCUAUAAACAUGUCAUUAAUACUUUUACAAUAGUACAACACGAAGCCAAAAAAAUUAAAAAAAUUUGUUAACAUAUAUUUAUAUUAGGUAAAAAAAAAUUAACAACUAUAAUAAUCAAUUUAAAUACGUUUUUUUAAUCAACAUUAUAUUAUAUAAAUUAAAAGUGUAGGCGUUUUUAUUAUGUAUGAUUUUGUAAUUGCAAAAUGUAAUUUUUAUUAUUUUUUUUAUAUUGAAAAAACUACAAAUAAUGUAUAUACUAUACUCGUCUUGUAUAUUUAUCAUAAUUUACAAUUAUUAUAGUUAUUAGAUUAUGUUAGUAUAGUAUGUUAAAUGACUUGAGUUAAAAAAGAAACAAAUUUAAAAUGAUUUGUUCAUUUUUUUUUUUUUUUUUAGAACACUA